UCGGCGGGGGAGGCAGCAAAGUUGGGCGGCUGCCGGGAAGUUUCGGAGCAUGGCGGAGCGGCCCGGGGCGCCCGGCCCCAGGCAGCGCGGCGGGGCGGCGGCAGGCGAGCGGCCGCGCUGAGCCCGGCCCAGCCGAGGCGAGCCCAGCCGAGCCCAGCCCAGCCGCGGGGCAGCCCCCGCCCGCCGGCAUGGCCCGCUGGAUCCCCACCAAGCGGGAGAAGUACGGGGUCGCAAUAUACAAUUAUGAUGCUGUCCAAGAUGUGGAGCUCUCCUUGCAAGUUGGUGACACUGUUCACAUUUUGGAGAUGUACGAAGGCUGGUACCGAGGAUACACACUCCGAAAUAAAUCUAAGAAGGGCAUUUUCCCAGAAACGUAUAUCCAUUUAAAAGAAGCAAUUGUGAAGGACCGGGGACAACAUGAAACAGUGAUUCCAAGUGAAUUGCCCCUUGGACAAGAACUCACUUCUACCCUGAGGGAGUGGGCAGUUAUCUGGCACAAGUUAUAUGUGGAUAACAAGACAACACAGUUUCGGCACGUCCAACAGAUGACUUACAGCCUGAUAGAGUGGCGGUCACAGAUACUGUCUGGGACCCUUCCCAAAGACGAGCUAGCUGAGCUCAAGAAGAAAGUCACUGCUAAGAUUGACUACGGCAACAGGAUCCUGGGUUUGGACCUGGUUGUACGAGAUGACAAUGGGAACAUCUUGGACCCAGAUGAAACUAGCACAAUCUCUCUCUUCAAGUCCCAUGAAACUGCAUCCAAAAGGAUUGAUGAAAGAAUCCAAGAAGAGAAGUCCCUGCAACAGAAUUUGGACCUCCGCGGGCAGCCGAUAUUCAACACAACACAUACAUACAGCCUGUAUGUAAACUUCAAGAAUUUUGUCUGCAAUAUUGGAGAAGAUGCAGAGCUGUUAAUGAGCCUGUAUGAUCCCGAUCUCUCCAAAUUCAUUAGUGAAAAUUACCUGGUUCGUUGGGGCAGUAAUGGGAUGCCUAAAGAGAUUGAGAAACUAAAUAACCUUCAAGCAGUCUUUACUGAUUUAAGCAGUUCUGACUUGAUCAGACCGAAAAUCAGCUUGGUGUGUCAGAUCGUGCGGGUGGGGCACAUGGAGCUGAAAGAUGGGAAGAAACACACCUGUGGACUCCGGAGGCCCUUUGGUGUGGCAGUGAUGGACAUAACCGAUAUCAUACACGGAAAGGUGGACGAUGAGGAAAAGCAACAUUUUAUUCCAUUUCAGCAGAUUGCCAUGGAAACGUACAUCAGACAGAGACAGCUAAUCAUGUCCCCACUGAUAACUUCCCAUGUGAUCGGAGAAAAUGAGCCCCUCACUUCUGUCUUCAAUAAAGUCAUUGCAGCGAAGGAAGUGAAUCAUAAAGGGCAAGGUCUCUGGGUCUCCCUGAAACUGCUUCCUGGUGAUCUAGUGCAGGUUCAAAAGGAUUUUUCCCACCUUGUAGACAGAUCCACUGCUGUGGCCCGCAAAAUGGGAUUCCCCGAGAUAAUCCUUCCUGGUGAUGUUCGAAAUGAUAUCUAUGUCACCCUGGUGCAAGGGGAGUUUGACAAAGGGAAGAAGAAGACUCCCAAGAAUGUAGAAGUCACCAUGUCUGUACAUGAUGAAGAUGGAAACCUCCAAGAGAAAGCUAUCCAUCCUGGUGCUGGUGAUGAAGGUGUCUCCGAAUAUAAGUCUGUUGUUUAUUAUCAAGUCAAACAACCUUGCUGGUAUGAAACUGUAAAGGUGUCCAUUGCAAUAGAAGAAGUCAGUCGUUGCCAUUUAAGAUUCACUUUCCGUCAUCGGUCAUCACAGGAGUCUAGGGAUAAGUCUGAGAGAGCUUUUGGCAUGGGCUUUGUGAAGUUGAUGAACGCAGAUGGAACAACGCUGCAAGAUGGCAAACACAAUUUGAUUGUUUAUAAGGGUGAUAACAAGAAAAUGGAAGAUGCUAAAUGCUAUUUAACUCUUCCUUGUACCAAAACGGAGAUGGAGGAGAAGGAGGUCCCCUCGGGGAAAAAUCUGCACCAUCUAGCCAACUUCACACCCACUAAAGAUAGUACAAAAGACAGCUUCCAGAUUGCCACUUUGAUCUGCUCCACCAAACUGACCCAGAACGUUGACCUGCUGGGUUUGUUGAACUGGCGUUCUAACUCUCAGAACAUAGCUCACAACCUAAAGAAGCUAAUGGAGGUGGAAGGAGGAGAAAUUGUAAAGUUUUUGCAAGACACCCUUGAUGCACUUUUCAACAUAAUGAUGGAAAUGUCAGAAAAUGAAACCUAUGACUUCCUUGUGUUUGAUGCACUGGUAUUUAUUAUUUCUUUGAUCGGAGACAUCAAGUUCCAGCAUUUCAACCCUGUACUUGAAACUUAUAUUUACAAGCACUUCAGUGCCACCCUGGCAUAUGUGAAACUCACCAAAGUACUGAACUGUUACGUGGGAAAUGCUGAUGACUCCAGCAAGACGGAAUUGCUAUUUGCUGCUCUGAAAGCCUUGAAGUACCUGUUCCGAUUCAUUGUUCAGUCACGAAUACUGUACCUGAGGUUUUAUGGGAAAAGUGAAGAUGGGGAUGAAUUUAAUGACGCAAUACGCAAGCUGUUCCUCUCCUUCAAUGUCCUCAUGGACCGGCCUUUAGAGGAGGCUGUCAAGAUUAAGGGUGCAGCUUUGAAGUAUUUGCCAAGCAUCAUAAAUGAUGUCAAACUAGUAUUUGACCCUGCUGAGCUCAGUGUCCUCUUCAGCAAGUUUAUCCAAAGUAUUCCCGACAACCAGCUAGUUCGACAGAAGCUGAACUGCAUGACCAAGAUAGUGGAGAGUGAUCUCUUUAAACAGUCCGAAUGCAGAGAUGCUCUUCUGCCACUGCUAAUAGAUCAGCUGAGUGGCCAGUUGGAUGACAAUUCAAACAAGCCUGACCAUGAGGCCUCCUCACAGCUAUUAAGCAGUGUUCUCGAAGUCCUGGAUCGGAAAGAUGUGGGACCCACAGCUGUCCACAUCCAGCUGAUUAUGGAACGCCUGCUCAGGAGAAUAAACCGCACCGUGAUUGGAAUGAGCAGACAGUCUCCGCACAUUGGUAUUUUUGUGGCCUGCAUGACAGCCAUCCUGAGGCAGAUGGACGAUUACCAUUACAGCCAUUACAUCAGUACUUUCAAAACCAAGCAGGACAUUAUUGACUUCCUGAUGGAAACAUUCAUUAUGUUUAAGGAUCUGAUUGGAAAAAAUGUCUACGCAGCUGACUGGAUGGUCAUGACUAUGAUGCAGAGCAGAGUUUUCCUCCGGGCGGUGGACCAAUUUACCUCUGUACUCAACCGUUUGUUUCUGGAUGAAGCAAAUUUCGAACUCCAGCUCUGGAAUAACUAUUUCCAUUUGGCAGUGGCCUUUCUCACUCAUGAAUCCCUCCAGCUGGAGACCUUCUCACAAGCCAAACGCAACAAAAUUAUCAAGAAGUAUGGGGACAUGAGGAAAGAAAUUGGCUUCAAAAUAAGGGAUAUGUGGUAUAACCUGGGUCGGCACAAAAUCAAAUUCAUUCCUGCAAUGGUAGGCCCAAUCCUGGAGGUAACCCUGGUCCCAGAGCCUGAGCUACGGAAGGCUACCAUUCCCAUCUUCUUCGAUAUGAUGCAGUGCGAGUUUAACUUCAGUGGGAACAGAAAUUUCCAUAUGUUUGAAAAUGAGUUGAUAACCAAGCUGGACCAGGAAGUGGAGGGUGGCCGAGGGGACGAACAGUACAAGAUCUUGCUGGAGAAACUCCUCCUGGAGCACUGUCGGAAGCAUAAAUAUCUGUCUGCUUCUGGAGAAGUGUUUGCUUUGCUGGUCAGCAGCCUGCUGGAGAACCUUCUGGACUACAGGACAAUCAUGCAUGAUGAAAGCAAGGAGAACCGCAUGAGCUGCACUGUCAAUGUGCUGAAUUUUUAUAAGGAGAAGAAACGAGAAGACAUUUAUAUCAGGUAUCUGUACAAGCUCCGGGACCUGCACAUAGACUGUGAGAACUUCACAGAGGCAGCAUACACUCUCCUCCUCCAUGCAGAGCUGCUCCAGUGGUCUGAGAAGCCAUGUGUCCCCCAUCUCCUGCAGAGGGACAGCUACUAUGUCUACUCACAACAGGAACUCAAGGAAAAACUCUACCAAGAAAUUAUCUCCUUCUUUGACAGGGGCAAAAUGUGGGAAAAAGCCAUUCAACUAAGCAAAGAGUUGGCUGACAUGUACGAAAACAAGGUCUUUGAUUAUGAGGGACUUGGUAAUCUCCUGAAAAAAAGAGCUACUUUUUAUGAGAAUAUUAUGAAGGCAAUGAGACCUCAACCAGAGUACUUUGCUGUUGGAUACUAUGGUCAGGGUUUCCCCUCUUUCCUCCGGAAUAAAAUUUUUAUCUACCGUGGCAAAGAGUAUGAACGAAGGGAGGACUUCAACCUGAAGCUGUUGACCCAGUUUCCUAGCGCUGAGAAGAUGACCAGCACUGCCCCUCCAGGAGAAGAGAUCAAGUCUUCUCCUAAACAGCAUGUGCAGUGCUUUAUUGUGAAGCCUGUGAUGAACCUGCCACCUAAUUAUAAAGACAAGCCUGUUCCUGAACAGAUCUUAAACUACUACAGAGCAAACGAGGUACAGCAGUUCACGCACUCCCGACCAGUCAGGAAAGGAGAAAAAGAUCCAGACAACGAGUUUGCUAAUAUGUGGAUAGAAAGGACAACCUAUACGACAGCGUAUUCAUUUCCAGGCAUUCUCAAGUGGUUUGAAGUCAAACAGGUUACAACGGAAGAGAUCAGCCCCUUGGAGAACGCCAUAGAAACGAUGGAGCUAACCAAUGAGAAAAUCAGCAACAUUGUCCAACAGCAUGUCUGGGACCGGAGUCUUCCUGUACAUCCUCUCUCCAUGCUCCUGAAUGGGAUUGUGGACCCAGCAGUCAUGGGGGGAUACACCAACUAUGAAAAGGCCUUCUUCACAGAGAAGUAUCUUCAAGAACAUCCUGAAGAUCAAGAUAAAAUUGAGCUGCUUAAGCAGCUAAUUGCUCUACAGAUGCCGCUGUUGGCAGAAGGGAUUAGGAUCCAUGGUGAGAAGCUGACAGAACAGCUGAAGCCUCUACAUGACAGACUGACAGCCUGUUUCAAAGAGCUGAAGAAGAAGGUGGAGAAACAGUAUGGUGUAAUAACUUUGCCUCCCUCCCUCACCGAAAGGAAACAGAGCAGGUCAGGCUCCGUCGUGUUGCCCUAUAUCAUGUCUUCCACGCUGAGACGGCUCUCUGUCACAUCCGUGGCGUCUUCUGUGGUCUCUACAUCUUCCACGUCGUCUGACAGCACUUCCUCCCGGCCAGGUUCAGACGGAUCUAUUCUGGAGCCUCUCUUGGAGAGAAGAGUAUCAACAGCUUCCAGAGCUGAGGAACUGCCCAUGAAAGAUGAUGGUGAUAACCGGAUUAGCAAACUCAAGCGGAAGGACUGGAGUAUUAGCAAGUCUCAGGUGAUCGUAGAGAAGGAGCCAGAAAUGGAACUGACUUCCAAAACGGGCAUGUCAGGAAAAGCACAAAGGCCAAAGAGUCUUCAAUUAGGAGACAACAGACUGACUUUGCUGCAGGGUUCUUCGCUCCAGCAAUCAACUCCUCAGAGCCCACCACCCAUCACCCCCAAAACCCCAAGAACCCAAAGUUUUCCCUCGUUGCAAGCUGAUGGGUUGGCAACUGCUAGCUUACAGAGCACCCCACCCCCACCUCCGCCCAAGAGCAAACCCUAUGAGAACAGCAACCCGAGGAAUUCUGUGGAGGUUGCUCCACCACUACCCAGCAGACGGGAAACCAAACCUCCUCCUCCACCCCCAAAAACCAGAAAAUCCAGCGUUGUCUCUUCAGAGCAAGGAUUGCAGUGAGGAUCAUCACUUGCUGGUGUAACGGCAGGCGCCUGGAGUGAAAUUACUGCUUCCUUUUUACUGACAUGCUGGGGCUCUCUGACACUAAAGACUAGUGAUCUCAACUGCCAUCGCAUUCACUCACCUUCGAGUUUUCUUUGGGAAAUACGGAAAGGACCUGUGACUGUGACUGUAUUCCCAACCUCUCGUUUACCUUUCCAGUACUGAAACACUAAUCACAUAACAGGAGAAGUCGCCCUACUGGAAUUCUUGUCUUAGUCUUGUCUGUCCCGAGUUUUUUCACUGAUGCAAUUUCAGCAGCUCAUUCCUAGUGUAAAUCUGUCACAGUAGUGAUUUGCACCAGUGUUCGAAACAAGGUAAGCCGCACCAGUAUGAGAUGUGUCCUACAGUAUUUUCACAUAGGUUCGUUACAGCUUUACAGCUGUACUUACGCACUGAUCCCUCCUCCUGCCCCCGUAGUGUGUGUAGCCAAGCGCUGUAGCCAAGGCAUGAAGUGAAACGGAUCGCAGCCAUUCCUCAGCUGAGAAGUGUCGGCUCCUGAGAUGUCAGGUGCCGGUGUGUGAUGUGCAGUCUCCUAAGGUUCUUGAUUGCAGGCAGAGACCUGAGCGUUGUUAGCAGAAUAAGAAGUCUGUUUUUUUCCUGCUAGUCAUCAUAUGUAUUUCAGAUGAAGUGCAGACAUUCUGCCUUACACCAUCUCUGCUCGAGCAGUGGCAGUCGCUCACUCCCAAUGGAGAGUUUAGGUUCACCAGUACUUGGUCGUAAUUUCACUGUUGAUUCUGGUUUUAACACUACAGAACAGUUGAUAUUCCUCUCUGAAUUAUGUUGCCUACUUGGUUUGUGCUUGCACCUGGGACUUGGUACAAUAUUUCUUCUUUGUGCUUUUUUAUAGGGUGUAAAAAGUUGCUUCUCCCCAGUGAAUAUGUGAGAAUAGAAGCUGCACUGAUACCAGCACCGUACUGGUACCAGCAACUUUGAGAGGAUGGAGGGUACAAAACUAGUUAUAUAUCCUGACCUCAGAAACAAAGUCUGAGAGUUACUGUAACCUUUACUUUGGCUGGGCAAAUUCACUAAAAUAUAAAUAAUUCUCAUCCUCUUUUUUUUUUUUUUCCUGCACCCAUUCAUGGCAGUACUUGCACUUUGUUUUAUAGCCUCCCUUGAUCUGGGUUUUUAACAGCCCCUAGACUUUAAGGAGCCAUUUAGAUCUAGGACACAUGUGAAAGACUUGACAAUUAACCACCGACUUCCCUGUUGCUUGGAUUACGCCAGCUCUCUGCAGCUCUUCUUUCCUUGGAGGAUGGGAUAAUCCGUUUAAUUUUUCUUUUAGCUAUUUAUUCCGUGCUCUGUCUGGAUUCAGCACCAGUCUUUCUAUUUCUUUAGAGAAAAAAGUGACAUGAUCUUAGGUUUAAAUGUUUUUAAAUUCAGGUGAUCCAUGCAGGAAAAGGCUGUUGCACGCUGUUAGAAUAGCCUGCCCUCACAGCGGCAUGACGACCGAAAAUUGAACACAAAUAUCACAGUUAUUCAUGGAGCAGAUGGGCCUUAGACACAGCAUUGCUGGCUGCCUGACCUGCCUCUGGAAGCUUGCUGGUAAAAACCAGGGCGCGAUUCGUGAUUAAUACUCCUAAGGUGGGCAGAUCCGUUUUGCACCGGUGAGGGCUGCUUGUCUCUGAGCUCUGUCAGAAGGGCGGCGGCGCCUGGGGACUUGCCCUUCCGCAGCAGGCUUACAGGGAGUUUGGGCAGCACUUAAGCCAGAAGAAAAUGCAGUUUAAAAUCCUUUUGCAAAGUGUAUUUCUACUCUGCUCUACUCCUAGAAGAUCUAGAUAGAUAGAAAGAUAGAUAGAGCAGCUCUUUUUCUGCUGUGCAGAGCAGGACUUUCCUAAACCGCCUGUUUCAGAACUAAUGUAUUGUGAAGAACUUCACUGUUUUCUUCUUUAUAUAUCUCCCAGCAGCUGAAAAGCCAGUGAAGUUUGGGGUUUUCUUGCUUUGGAAGCACUAUUCUCUUGUCACAUUCAGGCAGAAUAUUUUGCUGUGCUAUUCUGCUGUGUCUGCCUGGUCUAUUUAUAAACAGGUUUUGUCAUGGCUGUUAUUUUUCACUGAUAUUUUCCAGGGAAGGGGAAAAAAAAAAAAAAUCACUCGUCGCUGUUGUUUCCUGCAUUCCAUAGUGAAAGGGAACAUGGGAGUUUGCCUGCAAAGUUCAGAUUCAGACUAAAAAACCCUGAACUUUCAAAAAACUCAUCAUAAAGAGGGACCAGCUGAGAAUUUGGAUCCAAGAUUGUUUCUGAACCUAUACACAACCUUGGCGCUUUGGUUACCGCUUGUGGCCUGUUUAUUUAUCAUCGGAAUUGAUGAAGAUUCUGUCAUGGGCUCUCUCCUCCAGGAAAUGAUUUUGCUUGGUAACUGUAACUGUCAUUUAGGCUCUGGUUAUCUGGUAGAAGCUGGGGAGAUGCACUAAAGACCCUGCUGAGGGUGUUGCUCGCAGUCGUAGUUACAAAUACGGUGGGGCUGGGGUUUUUGCAGGCCACUGCACCGUUACUGUGCUCACCUGACGUAAAUGGGGCCCGUUGCCUUACUGAAAAAUUGAAGUUUGCUAAACCUAAUGAAAGCUUUUCUCAGCAAAGCUUUUUUCAGGGAAAAAACAAAACCAACGAAAUCCUGGGCGUUUUUUUUGUUCAGACUGAAGUAGUCCUUUCUUCUGUACUUAUACAUUUCUUUGGCUUCAGUGUGACUUCAGUUAAACCUGCAGAAGCUGUGCUUACUUUGUUGCCUGCGUGGCUCUGUAAAACAGAUUGCUUCCAUCCAAGGGUCAUAUUGGAUUCAGAUCACAAAACAGGUUUGGAGGCCUUCUGGAAGUUGCACUGCAGUCACAUCACAUUCAUCCGCAGUCAUGUUUGCUAUCGUGCACAUACAGCUGUCUUCUGGGCUGUUGCCUCCUUAAGGGAAAUCUUUGAAACCUUUCUGGACAACUUGACCAUGGUUCACCCCCUCUCUCUGGUGCAUUGUAGGACUUGUCAGCUCCACGUUACGUUCUUGGAUGUAGACUGUGCUUGACUUGAAAACCACAGGGGUUUCUUGUCUUUCAUUUUUUGUCCAUUUCUUCUUCCUCUUGUAACCACCGUCUGUCUUCUGCUGCGCACAUGAACUGAAGGACCCUCUGAAACUCUUCACUUGAACAAGAACUUUCUGUCUUCCGUGAGAAUUUUGCUUUAGGCGGAACAGCAGGAUGUGGUCUGAAUUGUAGAAAAGUACAUAUUAACACCACCUAUUGUUAAUUCAGUGCCUUUCCCUGUUCUACAUCUGCCUGUUACCUCAUUCUUAGGUGCAUUUCCUUUUCAGAGCGGGUUUGCUUUUAACUCCAUUGGUAAAUCAACAGAAACAAGGGAGACAUCAUUGGAAUCCCAGCUAAUGGCUGGUCUGUCUGGGUAAACUAGCUAUCAGCUUUGGGUAUUUUAGUUCCCAGGGACUUUUUUUGAGUCUUUUUUUCCCUACCUGUUUGAUCUGCUUUAAUAACUUUAACUCAUAGAUGUACAUUCAGCAGGUUUGGUUUUUUUCCUGGAGGAGGGAGUUAGUCCCUGCAAAAAAACCUCACGGGAGAAAGUCUGACCUUGGGAAGAAUUUUUCAGCUGAUCUGUAAUGACUCUUUACAUCAUGUGUCUAGCUUGGGGAGACUUGGUUCUGGCUGAUUUUUUUUGCAGCUUUAUAGACUAGGUUUAUGAACAGAGUACUUAGCAUGUAAGUGGUUUGUUACCUUCUCCCCUCCUUUCCUUCCUUGGAUUAUGCAGCUGCCAGCCAUUAGGGAUAAGAAGUUGCUGUCUCUGAGUGCUGAUCCUUGGUGCUAAUACCUGAGCUAGCAAGGUGCCCAAGUCACCUAGAGAGUCAGGAGAGCAAGCAGGGUGGUGGCUGUAACUCAUCCCAGUGCUGGCAGAAGUCUGGGAAGCUUCAGUGCUUUGUGUAAAGUGAGCACUGGCUGAAACAGGCCUUUCGUUCAUAUUCUGAUCUUUGGCUUCUACUGUAGAGCCAGCUCCUUAAAAAGCCGUGAAGAUGGUAUCGUCCUGUAUGCUCUGCCUUGCAGUUGCGCUGUCUCACCUGGCAGGUUCCUUAACCCGUAUCUUGGCAUUGCUGUCUGCACAGCUCAGGCUUUUCUUCUUGCUGCCUUGCUUGUCUGGCCAGGUGGAGGCUGUUGUAGCUGAGACAUCACCCUAACUGGAAGCAGAGGAUCAGCGGGUGCCUAAAGGGUACGGAGUGAGAUUUCCCUUCCCAAGAUAUUUUGGGCAUUUUGGUUCUGGGUCUGAAGUGCUGUAAACUCUUCCCGCUUCCUCUUCUUGCCUUUCAGCAAACUAACUCACAAACUGGAGUUCAGCCUUCUUAAAUAUAUUACUGACUGUGGUAUGUGAAGAGGUAUGUUAGCUGAUAUAAGUCAGCAUCGUUUGCUUGGAGGUACAAGAUGGAAUUUCUGUGCUGUGCCUAAAUUAUGUAGGGCUUUGUGCCAGUUUUAGAAAAAGUAUUGUCUUCUAAGUGUCAGAUUUUUAAAGGCAGUUGGGCAUUUAAGUGUGUGAAGAAGCAUGGGACCUGACUGAUUUUAAUUAAGUGGAAUUAAGUGCCCACACUCAUGAGAAAUCCCACCAGACCCCUGAUUUUAAGUGUUCUGGUCUUUUGCUACAGUACCUACCUGGCUUAAGUUCUGAGAUUUAAUUUUCAGAGACAGUUUAAGGUCUCCCUACUUAGUUUUCAAAAUGAGAAUCAUCUUUCCAUGUUAAUUAGAUGCUUUUGGAAAUGUCAUCUAAUGUCUUUUAAACUGGAGGGCGAAAAAUGGGAGUAGGAGAACAGUCAUCUCUGCAGACCAGAAAUGAGAGCAAACAGCAGCUUUUCUACCCAAUUCAUCGUUUUGAAUAAAACAAAUCUCAAAGUUAAAUAACCAGUCUGCAGAGAAGACAAAAUCUAAUCCCAUUUCAUAGCUAUGCUGUUCAAAGCUAGUGUUAAAUUUCAAGUCUUAGAGGAUUUUUUUUUUUCUUUGGAGAAAUAUGCUCAACACUUGUUUUCUGGAGCUUUUAAUUAAAAUUUGUCAUGCUGUGAAAAAUUCCUUUAAAAAUGUUACAGGCUCUAAUCCACAUCAGGGGAAGAGAGAAACAGACAGCUUUCCAUUUCAGUGGAUUAUUGGAUUAGGAAAGGACACCGAUUCCAGUGAGAACAGCUCUGCGAUCUGCAGUGGCAGAAAAUACUGUCGUGUAUAUGCGGUGGGUUUUGAGAACCUGCAUCUAUCUAAUAACCUUCACGCUCUGCAGCCCAGGGUAUGUUCCACAGACUAACAGUGAGUUAGGCUUGUAGUAAUAACGGCUCAGAUUUUCUCUCCUUAUUUAUUUUUAUAAUUGUAAAUGGAAAUAAUAAGUUUAAGAUGUCUGUAAAUUAACUGUAAUCUUUUUUUUUUAUAGUGAAAACAUUCCUGACCCAUUACUGCUCCUUUCUCUCGAUUCAUUUAAUUAAAAAUCUCCCCUAUCUUAUACUUGCUGUCGCAGACCAAAUUAUCUAGCGGACCAGGGUGAGCGUUUCCUAGGACUACAUCAGAAAGAAAAAAUAAACGAUGUGAUUUUGUUGAUUGCAUGGCAGGAGAGGGGCUUUUCAAAGGCACAAGGUUCACCUAAUUCUGCUCCUCUUACCUUAAAGCACCUCCAGGACAGCGUGUACCCCCAGCAGUCCGGAGGAGCUUAACAAGAGGGAAGAGGUGAAAAGCAUCCGUUUACGCUGUCUUGGUCUGCCUGUUCCCAUGUAAGGCCGUCACUUCAACCUGCGUGACUGCGCACGUUGAACUUGCUUUUCACGUGCACGGUCUGCAGCUUCUGUAUGUUUUAAACAGAGGUGCAGGUCCCCAGCGGCUCUGAGGUUCAGCCCCACUGUGCUGGUGUUAAUUGAUGUAGCUUCUCGUUGUUGGUGUGACAAAGGUUCAAUGACAAGGGAAACCUUGGCACAGGCUCGUCUUGAAUUCAGGAGAAUAUGGAUGUUGUGUAAUGUGUUUUUGUGAGUGUUUUGAGAUCCUGGAUUUGAUGGUUUAGUUAUGAAACCCGCCUCUGCAGGCUGCAAAUACCUUCUUUUUUCCUUUCUUUUAGUCCUCUGCAACUGAAUCCGCGAAAAAUACAGCUUUUAAACUGGCUCUGAAGAAAGAGUAAGAGCUAAGCUUUGGAAAGGGGUUCUGCAGCUCUCUGGGUAAAUGACAUAAGAUUUAGUCUGUAAAGCAAGGUGUAUACAUUUUAUGGUGUUGUUUUUUUUUUUUAUGCAUUAACUGUUGUAAAUUUGUAAAUAUGUUUUAAAAAUAAAUGUAGUUUUUAUGAGUGAA